AUGCUCACUGCAUCCAUCCCCAAUGACACCGCCUUUCAUCCAUCUACCUUCAUCCUGUUGGGCAUCCCAGGCAUGCAGGACCUCCACAUCUGGAUCUCCAUCCCAUUUUUCUCCAUGUAUAUCCUUGCCCUUGCAGGUAAUGGCACCAUCCUUUUUAUCAUUAUGACAGACAAGACUCUACAUGAGCCCAUGUACCUCUUCCUCUGCCUGCUCUCCAUCACAGACCUGGUUCUCUGUUCUACCACCCUGCCCAAGAUGCUGGCCAUCUUCUGGCUUGAUGCCCACAGCAUCUCCUUUCAUGGCUGCUUGACCCAGAUGUUCUUUGUCCAUGCUGUCUUUGCCACCGAGUCAGCUAUCCUGUUGGCCAUGGCUUUUGACCGCUAUGUAGCUAUCUGUCGCCCACUGCACUACACAUCCAUUCUCAAUGCCACUGUCAUUGGGAAGAUUGGGGCAGCAUGUGUAGCCCGGGGUCUUCUCUUUGUCUUCCCUUUUAUUAUUCUCAUUAAGCGCCUCCCUUUUUGUGGGCGCCACAUCCUUGCCCAUACUUACUGUGAACACAUGGGCAUUGCCAAGUUAGCCUGCACCAGCAUUAAGCCCAACACUAUCUAUGGCCUCACUGUGGCACUGUCAGUCACAGGAAUGGAUGUGGUGCUCAUUGCGACCUCCUAUGUUCUCAUUCUCCGUGCUGUGCUGCGCCUGCCUUCCCAAGAUGCCCAGCUUCGAGCAUUCAGCACCUGUGGAGCCCACAUCUGUGUCAUUCUUGUCUUCUAUAUCCCUGCCUUCUUCUCCUUUUUUACCCACCGCUUUGGCCGCCACGUGCCCCCACAGGCACACAUCAUUCUUGCCAACCUCUACCUUCUUGUGCCCCCUGUUCUUAACCCACUAGUGUAUGGUAUCAAUACCAAGCAGAUCCGCAUUCGGAUCCUGGGACUGAGUCUGUGGAGAAGGUAG